UCCUGGCAGCUAUGGAUUUGUGGAAACUUUCGCAGGUGUGCACGGCACCCGUUCGCGCGAUUGCCGCUGAAAAUGAAUACAAAGCUGAGAAGCACGAAGUGACAACAGACGAUGGAUACAUACUCACCAUGUACAGGAUACCGCCCGGCAAGAACUGCGCCAAGAAAACUCCAUUGCUGCUGGUUCAUGGCCUUCUCCUAUCGGCCGAGUGCUUCGUAGAUUCGGGGCUGGAUGCGCCCGGAUUCCUCUUAGCUCAAGAGUGCUAUGAUGUGUGGUUCGGUAACGUGCGAGGCAACUUUCAUUCCCGCAGACACGUCACUUUGGAUCCUGAUCGUGAUUUAAAGUUUUGGAAGUUUUCAGUGGACGAAAUGGGACAGUAUGAUGUUCCCGCCAUGAUCGACUAUGUGCUGGAUGCGACAAGCGUCAAAAAACUAAUCUAUAUUGGCUAUUCACAAGGCGGUGGCAGCUUCUUCAUAAUGAACUCUGAGAAACCAGAGUAUGCUGAUAAGAUUAGUCUUUUCAUUGGUCUAGCGGCAGCUACGCGACAAUAUUACACCAAAUCAGUACCUUACAGGUCGCUUGUGAAUGCUAUAGACUCACUACAAUCUCCUUUGGAAGCGUCUGGGGUUUGGGAGGUCGCGUCCCGAGGUUUGCCUAUUCAAGGAACCCUGGAGACAUUGUGCAAAGUGAAGUUAUUAGCAGUAUUUUGUAAUCUGGGAGUGUCCGCUGUAGAUUCUCCUCAUCCUGGAUCAAUCACCUCGAAAACUACUCGAAGAAUGUUCGAGCACGUCCCAGCCGGAACAUCCAUCCAAAAUCUGGCCAGAUACGGGCAGGCUAUGAAUGAAAUCCGAUUCGUCAAAUUUAAUUAUGGCUUUGAAGAAAAUUUGGAAGUUUACGGUGUGGCUGAACCUCCGGAAUAUGACCUGGGAAUGACUACGAUGCCGGUCGUUCUCUUUCACGGCAAGUCUGACCACUUAGUGGACACGAGAGACAUGGAUUGGGUAGCCAGGCAGUUACCGAACGUGUUGGAGUACGUCACGGUAGCGGAUCCGCUGUGGAACCAUUUUGACAUGGCUUUUAGCCAAUACUGGAAAGAUCAAAUUUUUCUUACGAUGAAAACUUAUUUAAAUAGAUAUGUGAACAGUUAUUGAAAUAAACAUGUUUUAAUUAAUACAAUUUUACUUACUUACUUACGGAUAUUUACUUAUUACAUUGAAUUUAUUUUUUAUUGGGUUAUUCGAUGUAUUAUAGGC